AUGCUUUUGAGAUCACAUCGACAACUUCGUUCGACUGCUCUCUUCCUCGAUGAAAUUAUGAAAUUAAUCAAACGUUACGUCUUUAUUCUUUGUCUAUUUGUUCUUGUUUAUUUUUUAAUUUCCAACAAGAAUCGUCUCUUUCCUCGUCUCGUUUUCGGACAAUUUCAUCUCGUAUCAACUGACUACAAUCAGACCGUCAAUCUUCGUCAAUCACAACUCUAUCAACAUGAAACAUCCAAGGGAAGUUUUAUAACUCUUUACGAUAUUAAACAAGAUAAUGAAUGGAAUUUUCAAUGUCCUAAAACACGAUACAACGAAGACGAUAUUCAAGAUGUAAAAAUCUGUAUAUAUGAUCCUCAACAUGAUGAACAUGUUAGCGGACAAUUGAAUGACCAUGGAAAAUGGGAACCGGUAGUCGUCCGAAGUUUUCUUCGUUUAUUACGUGCAUUACCCAACACACAUGUGAUUGAUAUUGGCGCAAAUCUGGGUUUGUACACGCUAUUAGCUACACAAUAUGAUCGUCAUGUUAUUGCUGUCGAACCUUUAUAUGAUUCGUUGAUUCGUUUACACAAAUCUAUUCAAUUGAAUAAUGUUCAACAUCAAAUCACACUUGUUGCCAAUGCAAUCGGAACUAAACACGAGCGUUUAACGUUAAAUAUUGUGGAUAAAAACUUAGGUGCUUCAUACAUAUCGUACUUAGAUGAAUUAGCACCACCGGAGAAGAAAAUCGAAAAAAUAGUCGACGAUCAACAACCAGGAGGAGGAAAAGGAGUACCACCAAAAGUCUUAGCAGAAGUAGAUACGAUCACAUUAGAUGAUUUAGUAUCGAUCUUCCCCAGUUUUUUCAAACGAGCCAUUUUAAAAAUAGAUAUUGAAGGUUAUGAAGCAUUGGCAUUCGGCAAUGCAUCGUUGUUAUUCAAUCGAACGGAAAUUCCUGCGAUCUAUAUGGAAUUUGGCAAACUAAUCGAAAUCAAAUAUCAUCGAGGAAUGAUGACCAAGAUUGAAGAUAUGUUAAAUUUUUUGAAAAAACGAAACUAUGAACCAUAUGAAGUGAAUGAUAUUAAUCACAUUUUAUACGACAAUUGGGAAUCAUGGCCAUGGGAUGUCAAUGAUAAAAAUUCGUUUGUCAAUCCUACAUUCUAG